AGUCUUCCUCCUGUCUCCCAGGGUCAUUACAUAUGGUUGGAGAAAUAAAAAAAUGCAAUGACCCAUACCUUAUGCAUUAUUUCCAUAUAUACAAAUCAGCUGAAUCAAAUAUGUUCAUGCUGUUUUCUAUACGAGCUUUGAUCCCGAGUUUUAUGGAUACUUCCUGAAAAAGAGGCUCACGAGGAUGAAGAAGGCAAAGGAGAAAUGUUGAUAAACUAAGUAUUAACUCUGCACUUGCUUAAUUUGAUGCUAAUUAGAAGUUUCUGAGAUACAAAAAAGUCUCUUUUCCAUGUUGGAACAAAUUAUUAAAAGUCCGUUGCUUCUUCUGUCUGCAGUGUAAAUGGAGAUGUCCGUUUCUUUGAUCCAAGAAUGCCAGAAUCCGUAAAGGUCCUCCAGAUAGUCAAAGGAUUAACUGCUUUGGACAUUCACCCCCAAGCCAACUUAUUUGCAUGCGGUUCUAUGAAUCAAUUCACUGCUAUCUACAAUGGGCAUGGUGAGCUGAUCAACAAUAUCAAGUAUUACGAUGGAUUCAUGGGCCAGAGAGUAGGAGCCAUCAGCUGCCUAGCCUUUCAUCCACACUGGCCUCACCUGGCAGUUGGAAGCAACGAUUACUACAUCUCUGUGUACUCAGUAGAGAAACGAAUCAGAUAACAGCGUGGGACUGCUUUGUCAGGGCUGGACGUCUUCUGGCAGGCAAAACAUGCCUCACUUACGAUGUACAUAGUGAAAAUAUGACUUGAAUGUUAGUGUUGGCUGCUGCUGCUG